UUACCCUACCACGAGUCACGUCGAAAGGAAAAAAAACAGCGAGGAAAGAAAAAUAAGUUGUCGUUUGUGAAGUUGGGACCAUGGCCCUGGGUGACUGUUGGAAGCAGUUAUCGUGGUUUUACUAUCAGUACCUUCUGGUGACGGCGCUGUACAUGCUGGAGCCUUGGGAGCGGACGGUGUUCAACUCACUGCUGGUCUCCGUGGCUGGCAUGGCCAUUUACACUGGCUACGUCUUCAUGCCUCAGCACAUCAUGGCUAUCCUUCACUACUUCGAGGUCAUCCAGUGACACGAUGACUCCGUCCGUCCCCCCGCCGGUCCCAUCUGUCUCUGGCUUCCUGUCCGUCCCUCUGCCUGCCUUCCUGUCUCUCCUGGGUUUAAGGUCGGGCUUGUUUCCAACCAUGUUAAGGCAGAGCGUCUCUCCUCCUCUCCAAAGUUAAUUCACUACCAAAGGUCAAAACACUGAACGUCGUGCUGGAGGCCGAGUCGGACGAUGUCAUUCCCUGGGACUGUUUCUUCUUCUUCACUCGUAUGAAAUGUUCCCUGAUUAUGAACAGUGUUGGGCUCGGAGGUGAGGCCUUGGAAGAGUGUGCUUAGUUUUGUUUCAUGUGUUCUGUUUGAAUCAAGCGCACCUUACAGUUUUGAAAAUGUGUAAUUUAUGGAUGUGACUGGACAGUUUUAUUUUUAUUCCAUGAAGAAAUCAAACCAUUGUUGUCUCAGAGUUUUAUUCGGGAGCAGGAAACACAGCGAUGGAUGGAGAGAAUAUAUUUUUGAGCCAAAUAUGAUGAUUAUAGCAGCAUCAGAUCUCUGAGUGAGGCUGGGUUGUUUUUUAUCAAAGUGGGCACUAACUGCUAUUAAGGAACAUUUUCAGCCAUUUUUGUCCUUCACCAUCAUUUUCCUGCAGUUUUAAAGCCUCUGUUUCAACAUACAGACACUGUCAGUGCCUGAUGCAGCAUCGUAACUGUCAGGUGGAGGUGAUCUGAACUUUUAACCAUAUCCCAUGGCUUUCUUCAGACGUGUUUAAUGAUGCACACCAACAUCUUUUUCAGUGAGGGUUUUUUGUCAUAAUUGAAGAUGUAAAUUGACUGAAGCAGUGUUCCCAUUUCAGAGACCGCCGAUGAGGACAAACGUGCUGCAACGGCCCAAAACAACGGGCUGCAAAUUCAGAAACAUACUAAAAUAAAACAAACAGCCAAAUGAAUUAACCUCGCUCAAAACAUUAUAAUAUUUUUAUUAUUUGUAGUUUUUCCUUUCAAAAGUUGAAGUAUCUUUGAAACUGCAGAAUGGUUGUAAAGUCUGCUGGAGCUUGUGCAGUUGUAUCAGUUGGAAUAACGGUUGUAUCUGUCAGUCAUCUGCUCGUACGUUAAACCUCCAGUUCAGCUCUACAUUAGAUUUUUUCACCACAGAGUAACGUCGGGUUUAAGCCUCAAAAAACAAACACAAUGUGGUGAGUUGAACGGAGACGCCAACUCCUGUUCUUCUUCUGUUAGACGCAUCAAAUCCCCUGUGAGGAGCACGAUGGGAAAUAGACAAAUACACGAUCAAUCACACUUAUCAUCCGUCAUAUAUUUAUUGUCAAUAAGUGUAAUGUGCAGAUUAUUAUUUUACUCUUGAAAUAACACUCCGGCUCGAAGGAGAGAAUCUGACGACUCUUUGUCCUGCAGCUGGUCAUGGCUGCAGCUGCUAGAACAUACGCAACGCUCUGGUGACAGUUCUGUGGUCGAGGAUGAAGUGACACCUGACCGUGUAGAGAGCGUUACAGAGAGUAGCCCUGCGUGAUGGAAAAUGACGGCUGACAGGUUGGAAACGACACGGUUCAUCCUUUAAACUCCCACUUUUGUUGUAAACCGCACAGCAGGCAAAUGUUAACGGUUUCCUCUUUGCACAGAAACGUUAAAUGUUUAAGAAGUUCCAUUUUUACUGUCAUCUUCUUCAACGAUAUGUACUCCGACCACUACUGGUAUCCCUUGGAAAAUUGUGAUUAUUUUUUCCCUGCAAAAUGGUGUAUUUUUCUCAAGUUUGUGUAUAUAAUCUUGUUAUACAUAUUUGUAAAGUUUUGUAGUCGGAUAUGUUGGCGUAUAGAAUAAAAUAUUUGUGGUUUUUUGUGAGCUACUGAUGCUAAAUACUGUUCUAUAACUCUGAAAUCAUUAAAGGGAUAUUUCACCAA